UCAUUGGUAAUGUCUGCGCUGUUCUGAUGUCACUCUCUUUGUAAUUUCCGUUUGGUAUUUCCCUCUGCAAUUACUUUCUAAACAAUCAUUUCUUGCAAAUUCAAUUCAAUUCUCUGAAGUUGGAAUUUUCCCAACUAUGUUAGUUCGAAGAGGAGUGAUAAUGAGCUGGAGGAGAGUGGCCAAGUCUUUGCAGGCUCUUGUAGCCCAUAGCCUGCUUUUCUUAUUCACGCUUUUGCUUGCUCUCAAGCUUGAUCGUGCAGGGUCUUACUCGUGGUGGAUCAUUUUUGCACCUCUGUGGCUAUUUCAUGCAGUGGUAGCACGUGGCCGGUUUUCCUUACCUGCUCCAUCAAUGCCCAACGAUCACCAUAAUGAAAAUCAUCUUACUUCUCAUGGACAGUGGGCACCAUGUCAUGCUGUGUUGGCAACUCCUUUGCUCAUUGCUUUUGAACUAUUCCUUUGCAUACGUCUAGAGAGAAGUUAUGUUGUCAACUUGAAGAUUGUUUUUCUUCCGUUGUUGGCUUUUCAAAUAUUAAUCUUGAUUGAUAAUAUAAGUCCUAAUAUAGCUAUGGCGAGAAAGAAUCUAAAUUUAUUGGCUUGGAAGGGUGGCAUUCUUGGGAUGUGUAGAGCUUUAAUGCCUGGAGAUGAAGAAAGCAUGAGUGAUGAAGCAAUAUGGGAGACUCUUCCUCAUUUUUGGGUUGCAAUAUCUAUGGUCUUCUUCAUUGCUGCAACGAUAUUCACUCUUCUUAAGCUAUGUGGUGAUGUGGCAGCUCUUGGAUGGUGGGACUUGUUUAUAAAUUAUGGAAUUGCAGAGUGCUUUGCCUUUCUUGUUUGUACAAAGUGGUAUAAUCCAGCAAUUCAUAGGCAUUCACAUAUUGGAGAAUCUGGUUCUUCAAUGAUCAACAGAUAUAUUGACUGGAAUAGAGGCUUGGCAGUUUCUUCAGAUGAAGACCGACACCAGAAUAGCAGAAUAUGCAACCUGCAGGACAUUGGUGGACAUUUUAUGAAAAUUCCUUUUAUUGGUUUUCAGAUCAUGCUUUUUAUGCACUUGGAGGGUACACCACCUAGUGCUAAACAUAUCCCAUUUCCAGUUCUUUUUGCUCCACUUUUUUUGGUGCAAGGAGCUGGGGUUUUGUUUGCUGCACAUAGAUUGGUGGAGAAAAUUGUUAUUUUGCUAUGUGGUGGCGCCAGUUCUUGUACAUACUUCACUAUUGUAUCAAAAGCUCGUGAUUUUCUUGGAUUUUUGCAUCAUGGAUCAAGGUUACUGGGUUGGUGGUCAAUUGAUGAAGGAAGUAGGGAGGAGCAGGCUAGACUAUAUUAUGCUGGAGGUUCUGGCUACAGCACAUUCUCACCAGACACUGUGAAGAGGAUGCCUAAAUCUGAACUUGUUGAGGAGAUUUGGAGACUGCAAUCUGCAUUAGGUGAGCAAACAGAAAUCACAAAGUAUAGCCAGCAGGAGUGUGAAAGACUUCAAAAUGAAAAAAUCCUAUGCAGAGUUUGCUUUGAGGAACAAAUUAAUGUAGUCCUGCUUCCAUGCAGGCAUCACAUCCUUUGCAGUACUUGCUGUCAGAAGUGUCAAAAAUGCCCCAUCUGCCGUGUCGCGAUUGAAGAGCGAUUAGCUGUAGAUGAUGUGUAGCUCCAGUGUACCCACAAAAAGGCUAGAAAGCUUCCUUGCAGCUCCUGGUUUUACACAAAGCAUACUUGGCUUCUUCCUAUGAGAUAUUUAGACGUUUCAACAACUUCUUAAUUUGAAGGCAUGAGAUGUCAACACCAUGAUCUUUUAACAGGAUUGAAUUCUUAUUGCUUAUCCUCUAUUUUGAAAAAUUCAUUAAUUAGUCUUAAUGUUUUUGUCCUGUUUACUUUUUAA